AUGAAAGAGCUAAAAUUUGAGGCUUUAAAAUCUUUCAAAGCUGUAAAAUGUUUUUCGAAAGAAAACAUCAAAGUAGUUCUUACUCUCAAUAAAUGGAUGUUAAUCUAUUAUUCACAUAAUCAAUAUGAUACAAAGAUAGAACUCCUAAUCUGA